CCUGCAGUGCCGGUAUGCGACGGUCCAAGACCACCCGUCUGCGGGUGCUGCGGCCAGGGCCCUGCCAGAGACGAGCCGCAGGACUCUGAAGGGGAGUAGUAGCCCGCCCCAGCGAGAGAGCCCCCCGCAGGACUUGGCGCCUUAGAUUUCCCCCCCUUUCCUUCUUUGUGUUUAGGGUUCCCCUAUCCCCAGAUUUAUCCCCCUGUUUGUUCGCUAGUUCGGCCGGGUGCUCCCGUUCGCCGCGGAAACUUGCUUGCCUCCCUUGAUCCUUCCUCCGCCGCCAGCACUCGGGCUCCAUCUUCAGGCCAUCCUCCGGGGCCUCGCUUCCCGCCGUUGCUCCUGCUGCUGCUUCUGCCGCUGCUUACUUCGGCUACUGCUGCUGGUGCUCAGUGCGCGCGCGCGUGCGUGGCCCGCUCUCUCCUGCCCUCCUAAGUUGCCUUCUGUUUGCGUUGUGCGUCCGUCACUGUCGGUCGUCCGUUCCCCAAUCCCGUAGGCUCGUCACCCGAGCGGCCUGUCCCGUCAUCCGGCGGGCACGCGCAUCGACCCCCGUCUCUCGCCUGCGCCCCGCUUGGAAGCCCGAGAUCAGCUCACUCCCCGGUAUCAUCGCUUUCCGCUUGGGUUCGUAUACCGUUGGGUUCCUUGCGUUUUAAGACUUGGUUCAUGCGAGACUCGGUGUCAUCUCUUGAGUUGUUCUAGUCUUGCCUGUUGCACAUUGGGUUUUCCUUCCCCGCAUCCCUCCCGUACAGCGCCCGCACUAUACGUGACAAUCGCCCCCCGAGAGUUUCAACCGGUGGCUUCGCUCCCCACGUCUCUGUCGAGGCCCGCAGCAGUCGACCGUUAGCCGGCGCGCCACGGGGCUCUCUUGCUAACGAAUCGGCCGCGUUAGUGAACGCUAGGGACACUCGUUCGCACCGGGACUCUUGAUCACCGCCCACACCAAGAACGUGGUCGGGUGCACAUCCGAAGCCGGGACUCGCAACGCCAGCGUCGUCGACCCGUGCGCCGCCGUGUCAUGUGAUCCUGUCCCUCUCCUGCAGUCGUCAGCAGCACGAGGCGUGACAUCGCCGCUCGCUCGACGAAAGCAGCAAGCAGCGUGACCACGACGCAGGAGGACGCGCAGGAAGACGGCGGCGAGGACGACGGAGGCGGUGUGACCGACGACCAGCGAACAACUCGCGAGAGCGCCAUGCCGCAGACCGGGGUCGCCUGAGGGGCCCUUCCCGCCGCAGGGCCCACGCCACGGACUAGGUGCGCACAGCGCCUCCCUCGAGCAAGCCGAACGUUCCGACCCGCGCAGCCGACGGAAUUCGAAAACAAAAAACCGGUCCACGAAGACAAAACGCCGCCGCGUCCAUCCUCUUUCUGAGCUGCGCGACGCGCAUCCAAGGGGAACAAGCCUCGCACGGCCUCGAGUCCCAUCCUUAGUUCCUCUGGUGCGAAGAAGAACCGUGAAGCCGAGCAGGGCUCCCUCCGGAGUCGAGUCGUAACACACAAGCGCGCCCGCCUGGUCGGAGCCACUCGGAAGAAGAAAGAAAUCUGCGCACGGCAUACACACACACACGCAACCCUCUUAGUCUCUCGAACACCCUCCCCUUCUUCACGACUUUUUAUCGCUUUAUUUCGGGGGCGAGCAUCGCGAACCCCCAACGCCGUUUUUUGAAGAAAGUGCACCUUCUCGCUGUCCCCCUACAGGAAGUGAUCGGCGAGCGCACCGCCUUCGCCGACCGCUUUCUCUUCUGAAAUCCCCGUCUUUUCACACCUCACCGUUUUCUCGAAGAAUCCGAGUUCUCACUGGCUUUCGUGCUUGCGACAGAGCAGUCCCCUCGCACUCGCAAGAAGAGAGAAGCCCAAGCUGAGCCGCAGAUGUUUACGUCCAGCCCGGUCGCUGAAGGUGUCUUGACCGCCAAAUCCUGCAAACCGCACGCUGAGCGCAUUCUCUAUCUGAGCAGCCAGUGACGCGCUCCCUAGAAAAAAAAAAGCGCAGCCGCACGCGAGGGACCUUUCAACUUGAGCACGCGUCUCCGGAAGAUUUUUAUUGCACAGCGAAAGUUUCACACGCAGGCUGACGGUAUUUUUGAGAUGAGACAAGCGAUGGCGUUCAGUUGCUGGUCCUUCGUUCUCUUCGUGGCCGUCGCUGUCACCAGUGCCGGUCGGGAUAAUGGUCCAGCCCCCCUGCAGCCGGGACAAACGCAACGUGGACAAAACAUCACGCAGAUUCUGAAUGCCUUCUUUACACGUGGGUACGACAAGAGGGUGAGGCCAAAUUAUGGCGGCGUUCCAGUGGAAGUUGGCGUCACUAUGCAGAUUAUCAGCAUAAGUACAGUCUCUGAAGUACAAAUGGACUUUACUUCGGACUUCUAUUUCCGGCAAUCGUGGCGGGACGAGCGACUCUCGUUCCAGAAAAGCCCAGACCUCGAAAGCAUGACGGUCGGCGCUGAAGUGGCCGAGAAGAUCUGGGUACCCGACACCUUCUUCGCCAACGAGAAGAGCGCCUACUUUCAUGCGGCCACCACGCCCAACACUUUCCUCCGAAUCGGUUCCGGAGGAGAGGUCUUCCGCAGUAUUCGACUGACGGUGACUGCCAGCUGCCCAAUGGAUCUCAGAUACUUCCCGAUGGACAGACAAGCGUGCACUAUAGAAAUAGAAAGUUUUGGUUACACCAUGAAAGACAUCCGCUACCGGUGGUCGGACGGCGACACGUCCGUCCGAAUCGCCAAGGAGGUAGAGUUGCCGCAGUUCAAAGUCCUCGGUCACGUCCAAAAAGCCAAAGAGGUUGCCCUAACGACAGGAAACUACUCCCGGCUGGUUUGCGAAAUACGGUUCGUCCGUUCCAUGGGUUAUUACCUGAUCCAGAUCUACAUCCCCGCCAGUUUGAUCGUGGUUAUUUCGUGGGUCUCCUUUUGGCUCCACCGUAACGCUACACCAGCUCGCGUCUCCCUGGGCGUGACCACAGUGCUCACCAUGACCACACUCAUGUCCAGUACCAACGCAGCACUGCCUAAAAUCUCGUACGUGAAGAGUAUCGACAUCUACCUGGGGACUUGUUUCGUAAUGGUGUUUGCCUCGCUCCUGGAGUACGCCACGGUAGGAUAUCUCGGCAAGAGAAUCACCAUGAGGAAAACCCGCUGUCAGCAGCUGGCAAAACUUGCAGAGCAACACAGGCAGAGAUGCGCCGCUGCUUCUUCCAACGAGCCAAGCUCUGAGCCCUUGCUAGCCAGUCCUGAAGUAUCCAUUGUCAAGACGGUCGGUUCCUGUCAAGUUUGUCCUGCUGCGGUGGCAUCCCAAGGACAACCGAGGGAAGCACCACCAACCGGAUUUACCAUGGGUCGCAGAGGCGCAGACCAAUGUUGCCCUGGUCUCCAGGGUUCAUGUCAGGUCUGCCCCGCUGCGGUCGCCUCACAAACUCAACAACAGGCUCCUCCACCAGGGAUACCUAUGAAUCACAAAGUCAGGGAGCCUUAUAGGACUAUGGUGGUUAUGCCGAGCAGGAACUGUCACAUAACCGGCUGCCACGAAGUACGUCUCAAAAUGGUUGACCCCAAAGGAUUCAGCAAAUCCUCGACUCUGGAGAACACCGUCAACGGCGCGCCGGACAUCGAGGCAGCGUUUUGCAAGAACCCCAACAAAUUAUUUGGCGUCAGCCCUUCCGAUAUCGACAAGUACUCCCGAGUGGUGUUCCCCGUUUGCUUCGUCUGUUUCAACCUCAUGUACUGGAUCAUUUACCUGCACAUCAGCGACGUUCUGCCGGACGAUGUCGGCGACGACUAGUGCGCGCCCCGCCCGCUGCGCGGCGCUGCCGUCGGCGGUGUUCGUGCGCGCGUGCGCGCAUGGUUCUCCGUUUCCGAGAGUGGAAAUAGGUCGCCGCUCGUCCUCCUCCUCCCCCUCUUCUGAGAGAAGUGUGGGAGAAGCGGCAGCAGCAAACAUGGCCCCCCGGAUCACCAACUAGCCGCGAAACGUCGCAGUAUAUGAAGCUAAAAACAGCAACAAAAACGGUUAACAAAAUUCGGCCACCACCACCUCCCCCACCCGUGUGGCGAUUCCGAAGGCUUUCGGGCCCCGCCGGGGAGCCCAGCCAGCGCCGCGGGGGCGCGAGCACGGCGCGUCUCUCCCUUUUUCUCGAGUAGUACAGCCUCAGAGUUUUGUUUGCUUUGUGACGUCACUCUCGCCACUGGGCCUAACAGAUGUCGUCCGUUUUUUCGCGACGACUCACUGUGAACCCCGCUGUGACGAGCGCGCUCGACUGUGCUAUAGUGAUGAAUCACUCGCGCCCAUAAAGCUACCUUCGGUGGACGCAAGAAAAAAGGAAAUAAAAGAGCGCCGAAUUAAGUAAAGAAAACGAAACAAUGGAAGCGUUACGUCUACAGCGGACCAGACGUAGUAUACAAAGCGCUGUGUCUGCAACUCAGCCAUCAGUCAGUAUCGCCCACGAACUUAGCGUGUUUAUUCGAUCGUCGACGACGGGUCGUUCGACGGAAAACGCCAAUCACAAUAGGUUCUAAGCGAAUAUAGCCCACCGCAAUGUCGAAACAUAUAUAUCGACACCGCGCCACGUGUUGUCAGGGUAAUGACCGUAACAUUGUCCGUCCACGGGAGUUGCGUCACAAAAGGCUGCGCGCAGCGACGCUCAUGCGCCUCGGCGACGCUGGCUGGGUUCUCUAGAAUCGCCUUUUUGUUUAAUUGUUCUUUCUCUCUCACUCUCUAUCCGUUUUCAUUCACUGUGUGCACUGCCUGUCCUCGGCGUCCGCGUGGCGUCUGGUCGACUUCGAGGGGCACUAUUGCCAACGCUCGCUCAUUGGCCAGGCACCGCUGUCGAGAGUGUAAGGAGGACAAGGCAGACACGUGUAGUAUACUCCGCUUACCUUUCGUUUUUUUUUACUUUUUAUUUUUUAAAUCGCAUCUGGUUCACAAUUGUGGAGAUCGUUUUCGUCCAAACCGAAGACAACAAAAAAAGAAGGGGAAAUGCAACAAGAAAGAACUACAACACUCACGAGUCUAAGCCUAAAUAACCGAUCUCAUAACAAUGGUGAUCGCGUUACACGCUACAAGCGAGCAGACCAAUGUCCCCGUAACGAAACGCGCAACUCGAAAUAAAAAGGAAAUCGAAAUAGACCGCGGCACGCCCUUUCGCUAACAAUGGCCAGGAUCGGAUGGAAGCGUUUUGAUCUUUUUUUUUUUUUUGCCGAAUACGAAGCGAUUCCGCGUUCACGUUUUGAGCGUGAAGACACGUUUCAAACGCUGUGCUGGAACGAAAGCGGAAACAUUUCCCAUGUCGUCGAAUUCCACGUUACUCGAGUUACGAAGCUUGUUCAUAUUUCAAUAUACCGAAAAGGCCAAAGAUGGGAGUAAGAGAGAAUGGCUGAUGACGUAGAGCACGCAAUUCUUGUUUGCUACGUCUGAAACCUUGGCCAGGCAUACGAAGUGACAACAUACGAAGCACCGCGGAGAACGCAGAACAUACAGAGCUAUUGAAUUGUAAAUUUCUGUAAACAUGGCACAGAAUCAGGGAAUCGAGAGAUCACUGAAAUCUUCGACAGAUAUCUAGGAGAAGUUCGUGUGCUGGGCUACCGUCAGGGCGCACAAGUCCAGGAGUCUGACUGACAAAUAUUCAUGAAUACCUCGCACUACAGUGUCGUGCGCCUGUGCUUUCUAAGCAUGAUGACCGUAAGAGAGGCGUUAUCAAAGACUGUAUAUUCUUCUUUGUACGGGUGAUAACCGUGAGUAAUGAAUACCUGUGCGACUUACACGUCUGGAAGCCGAGUACCUAUGCGGCCGCUUGAGGAUAACUUCGUUUGCUAGGACAUAGUCACGUUGUGAUUUUGCCAGCACAUACCUAAACAAAACUUGGAUUGCGCAGUUUGAUCCAUCCGUAAACAAGUAACAAUUUGCGAUUUCAAUAUGGCACUUCGCUGGCUUCGCUGGCACUAUGCCUAGAAAUUUCAUUUAAAGUUAAACUCAUGAGCAGUACCGUAACCGUCACGAACCAAGCGGAUAAACAAUUAAUGUCCUAAAUUAGAAAACUGUUCAUGAGCGAUAGUAAAUGUCUUAAACCUUCUCUAGCGUACAAAUCGUACAAAUACACCCAGGAUAUGCCUCAUGAAUGUAUUUACGCACAGUUCGACUCAGGAAGCCGCACACCACUGACAUGCUUUCCUGUUGCAGUCAUGGCUAUAGAUGCUGCCCAAGAAUGCCACGUGCUGCACGGGUGAAGGUCCCUAAACAGUGCAGUGUGUGUUGCGCCAGCCCAACUUUCGUCUCAGUUGUCAGCGGCAAGGCGCUUUCUCGUGGUCAGAUUCUUACCGCAGCGUCCACCUUUCUCUCUCUCUUUCUCACUUGAUUUACCCGCAUAUAUAACUCGCUGCGCGUCCCACGCACGUGUUGCCAUACCGCAGGCAUCCCACGUAUCUUUCAUCUGGUUGCCCCUUCGUCGUCGUUGUUGUAAUGUCGUAGUCAAUGCUUUCACGCCACUGUUCGGAACCCAUCACGGGUAAAAAAAAAAUAGAAGGCGAUCUUGCAGAAAAGACGACUUCGUGAGUUAAAAAAAAAAGGACGUUAUAUGCUAUACGCGAUACAACAUCGAGUGUGUAUACUUCCUGUGCGUCGGUUGUGAACCCCCUCGUUGCUCGUGCCCGUUCUGAGCAGGUGUUCAUCUCGUUAAAAAAAAAAAAGUACGCGCGAUUAGUAGUCGUCGCUUCUCCAAUGAAACUGUUCUCAUUUGAUUUGUGUACGCCGUUGUUCCCUUUAUAGCUUCAGGAUGGCAUGAAUGAAGAAAAAAAAAAAGGCGCGAGAGAAGUGAAUGGGAGGUAAAUGCGAUAGAAGUGCCGCGUUGUACGAGACUUAUCCUGUAAGUCGUGCACGUAACGCAAGGCGGCGCUUUCCUCGGCAUAUUGGUCGUAAUGUUAGUCUAUCUUUGUGGAUUGUCCAUAACAGCUACGUUUGUUUUCUUGCUCUUGCGUCAUUUAGUGUUAUUUCGAGCUUUGUCAAGCUCUACUUUCUUGUCCAAUUCGUCGACUCCUCGUCUCUGAUAGGCUCAGAGCGCUGUCACCCCCUCUCUGAUUGGCUCUGAACAGCCAAUGUGGCGAAAUUUCGUCAGCGCCUCAGGAACAUGGCAGGGUUUAGAAAUGCACUCUGUCACUACCUUCCGAUAUGACUACAUGAAAGCAUAAAGGGUAAUGCAAAGGAAAAGAAACUUUCUAGUUGGCGACUGCGCAAGAAACGUAUCCCUAAAAUGUUAAGCGUCAAGCGUGAAAGCCGAGAAAGAGAGGCGGCAUCGCUCUGUCUGUCGUGUGGCUUCCUACGAUCUUAUUUUCAAACUUCUUUGUUCGCAUUGUCACCGACUGUAAACGUGAACCAUCUCGCUCGCAUCCUCGAUAACUCCAAGAAGCUAAGUUCGCAAAGCGUUCCCCUUUCCCGAAUGUCACCGCGUGUUGUCGCACCUCCGCGCGGGUCGUAGGAGUAGAUGCCGUCCUUUUAGCGAGAGAGAACGCGUCUCUCACUCUCACUCUCUAUCUUUAUCGUGUAGUGUGUUUUACACAAGAAUGAUGCCUCACUGGCGGGCCAUUUGCGUACUCAAUGUGACCUGUUCGACUGAGCCGGCUUCGCUGUUGGGGAGACCGCCCUCCGAGGCGGGAACCACGCGGGGCUGCGGCGAGUUCGUUGCUUGUUGCGAAAGCCGGCCUAUACGCACACGCUCGUGCUGCUGCUCGGAGCUGUAUAACCCUCGGUGAUAAUCGUUGAUGUCGUGUAUUGUGGUGGAAGUUCAAUGGCACAUGGCAACCCUCCCCCGUUUGUUGCUGCGUGAGCGCUAUGUAUAGUCCCGUUACCUCGCUUUUUUUUGGGGCCGACUCGACGCGCUUUUAUACAGGUCCAUCUAUACUGUGCCCUGCACCAAGAAUCAAAAUGAACCGGUUGACACCUCCUUCAGCUUCUGUGUUAUCGUUCAUCCGUUUGCAAGCCGCUAUAUAGGCGAACGUUGCUUCAGAUUCUCACUCGAUAGCGUCUUCGACUCGUUCCUGCAAGCGUCAUACUGAUGUUUUCCUUGUUUGUUGUUGUUGGCGUUCUUCGUUUCGCGUGCGGAGUUUAGCGCGCAUUUGGUGCGGAGAAUGUUGAUAGUACAAGGCACCACGAGAUGCCAAUUCGCCUUCGGCUUGGCAGUUAUAGACAAAGGUGAGCUCGGGUUUUUAAGUGUUGAUUUCUUUGAAUAAUGUAUAACGAGUGAAGAGCUGACGCUUAAAAUUAUCCACGUUCCUCGUUGAAUUUCCGCACGAUGAUAUCCGCUGUUGAGAGCUUUUCGGCUCGCUACGUUCGAGCAAGGGAAUCAGUCACUUUGUACAUAAGACAUCGCGGAGGCAUUAGAGUGGACAGCGGGUGUUUAAAGUGUUUGUUUUCGACUACGUAAGGCGACAAAUUACUGAAGGCAAUACCUUUCUGUCGAGUUUAUUCGCUAAUAAAUAUAGACACCUGAAUUCUUCUCAUACUCUAAAGCUGCACUCCUCCCUACAAGCGAAAGCUGGUAGCUACGUUUUAAUUGUUAUCAAUCACAGGCAAUUAUAGGCAAAUGUUAGCAGUAUCCCAGUAUUCAUACAUUCGUUCAAGUGUUAUCGUUUGGCUUGUAACAAGUGUUAUCUUGUGAAUACAACCUCGAAUAUUGGUAGUUGAAAGCUAACCAUCCGUUGAUACCUUGUUCGUAAUGAAAGAGAAAACUAGGCCAACUGUUGAAUUUGUUUAUAGGAGACCUCACCGUCGUAUAUUGUGACACCCUACUAAGUCUCGUCAUUCUUCAUACAGUAUAAGAUUCCUGUGGGUUUCCAUAACUGGAAGAACUCCAGUCAUAAAAAAAGUAUCUGCAAGGUUAUCACUAGAAAAGAGCAGUAUACUCGUUAUUCUUGCGGGCUGCAUGGUGCAAGCCUUUGGGUGAAUUCUGCGCUCCAUUAUUUUCCUCUCAUAGAUCUUUUUAUCCUUACGGUGUUCACUAUAGCGAGAAUUGUGUAUCUCUUGGUGUUUGCCGGCUCGCGCGGUGUCCCAGUCCACAUAUAAAUGAUCUAAGGUCGUGUUUGUCCUCCACCCGUACUAUGAGUAACUUGAAGCUCUGCGGGUUGGAGCGUUCGUAUAGGGCCACCUCGGCGUCCGCGUGUUCGCUUUGUCACGAGUGCAAGUCUCCGCCCCCCCGUGUUAGGAGUGUGAAUGUGCGAAUGACUGAUCGAUUUCCGUGUACGUCUUGUUCAUGAAAUGAUGGUUGCUGAUGACAGUAUCGUGUUGUAACUUCAGAGGACAAUUAAAAAAAAGGUAAACACAGCGCCAAAGCAUAUGACGGCGUGUGUGAAUAUCCCCGUAAUACGAUCCCUGGGUAGGUGUGCUUUCUUGAGUAAUUUUAUUCCUUCAUUGAGAAAGUUUGAUAAACGCGUGCUUUGGGUUGCUGCUCUUUCAUCGUGACCAAAUUAGGCGCGUAAUAGGACGCGCGAAACUGUGCAUUCGGUUAUAAUGUUCGCUUGCCCCUAUCGUUCUUAUGCAUAUUUAUCGGUCCCGAUUCAUGCACGGAUGUUGUGUUCUCAGUACAUGUGCGAACAAUACAACAUAAAAUAAUUAUCUCUAGUGUGAAUACGACUUCUCGAAUACGUGGUGAAAUCAUCGUAUCUAAAACUUUCUGUUAAUUAGCCCAAAUCCAUACAGCGACAACAAAACAUUGAUUCCUCAUUCAACGAAAUAUUUCUUCAUCGAAAUGGAGAUAACGAGAGGUACUUUCGAUACCGUUGAAUUUCUUCGAUGUUUGAAUCAAUACCAUCGUCGAGUGGCGCAGUGAAAUCACGCGUGCCGAAAGUUGUGCAUAGCUUGCGUUGUCUGUAUCCCCACUAACCACAGUUACCGACUCUAGAAGGUCUAAUUAUGGAUGUGACAGAUUAAUGCGGCGCUCACAUUUCUAGAUCUUUUUGCAAGAGCCAAUAGAAGCAACGAAAGAAGUUAUCAUGAUUUGCGUUUCGUGUUUGCGUUUCUUAACUCAAAUCAAAUGUCAGUUCUCGUUAUGCUGUAAGGGGGGUACAUAAAACCAAAGCCGAUAGAUGUUAAUGUCAAAGAUCAGCCCGCUUAACGAAACGACUUCAGUUUUUUUUUUCCUUUUCUACGUUGAGUUUGUUCUGCCUUAUGUUUACUGGAAAAUCAAACUCAUCUCCAUGGGCCAGGCUAUUGUUGCUAACCAAACUCUAGCGCCCUUUUAUGAACUCCAAUGUAAUAGAUAUAGAUAUCCUCUGAUAUGCCAGCGCAAUGUACCUGAAUUAUUUUUCGCGAAUGUUUACGUAGACACGAGUAUCUGUUAAACGUGUGCAUGCCAACUACGCUCUCUAUCUCGCCUUCCCCAGCCGGAACACUACUUCCGCUCUACCUUUCUCGCCCUCUCUCUCUUUCUUUCACUGUAUGAGAAAUCCAGGACGGAAGUAAGCACCCAUGCAAAAACAAAUGAGAGAAACUGAAAGGCUGAGAAGCUGCGAUGAAGUGGAAGUUAGCGUGGACACGGCCGCAAAACUAUGUAAUGAGGCAACACAUUGUAUACUGCUCGAUCUGUGGGACUGGAGCCAUGCAGUGUGUGGUGGAUCGUGAUUUAAGAUCUCUGACCUAAUCGACCACGAGGUUCAGCAAAAAUUUACUUCCGGGUUUCACGAGAAAAACUUCUUCCUCAAGUGACAUUCAAUUCGUGGCAAAUGUAAACGCGUUCGCUUCUCGACGUUGCAUACCUGACGUCGCUAGCUAAUGGCAGCACUGUUCGUGGCUCAAGCGAAUAGGUGUUGCGAACUGUGGAAAUUAGCGGAGGACUCGUGUACUACAAGAAUGCAACACGACAGUGAUGCUGACAUUUCCUUUUCAUCGAUAUCCGCACAAUCUAAUGCGGCAUAAGAUGAGCUAGCUGUGUUAUCAGGUGAAUUCAAGGGAAUCGUUAUAUUCCGGCAAUUGAAGCGCGGGAAAUAUCUACGGAAAGCUCGAAUCCACACUUCAUGAAUAAGCGGGUUGUGAACAAGCCUGCGGUGAGCGACGUCAUGGGAACAUAGAAAAAACAGCAAGAGACUUCCACUAUCCUGGCCUUAGCGAAAGCGUGUCUCUUCCUUCGAGAUCGGGUAUACGACCAUCGUACCGCUAAGGAAAAGAAAGGAGAAAAAAAAAAAAGGCACGAAAACGACCAACUUAUGCUUACGUCUCUACUGAGCUCCCCGAAGCGUUUUGAGAUUACGUUCAUGAUUCUUUCGAACGCGCGUUACGUUUUUGCAGGAACGUCACGUGGGUGGUUGUCGAUGAUGACGACGACUUCCCUUUCCCAUACAGGGCCGAGUCUUCGAACGCCGCGCCGAGAGCUUCCGUUCGAAUUUCGUCGACUUAGUUGGCGACGGAACGUCGCACUUGCUAUAUAUCAUAUACCGAGUGCCACAUUUCGGGGCACACCUCCACCAUUUCUUCGCUCGGCGGUCUUGUGUUUUAAAAGUCGUCUUCUUACUUUUCUCCCUCCUUUGGAUCGAGGCGCUGCGGGCAGUGACGCAAAAGAAAUCGAGUCGCGAAAUCGCGAAACGCAUUGCGCCGCACCCACAUCACCCCCCAACCUCACCCUCUCCCCCUUGCACAGUUAUGUGCGCAACAGGCGCGUCACCGCGUCGAUCACGCCUGCCCUCUAACGGCAGGCGCUGGAAUCAAAGAAGCACGCCCAGCUUGUAGGAGUUUCGCUCCGCCACAUUUAUAGACGCGGAGCGUGUCCGCAGGUCCGUAGGCGGUGUUGCACGGCUCGCUGCAUCCCGCGACCUCUGUGGUUUUUGGCCUCGGGUAUCUGUCGCGGGACUCCUCUGUAAACCUCCGUAGCAGGUCUCCCGCCAUUUUUAGGAGCGUCCCACCGCGUCAGGUCCUCGGGCACCAUUCUGACGACGCGUCGCGCUGAACGAGGCGUCGCGGGUUGCCGCGGUGCGCCCGCUCCUUAACGGUCGUCCCGGUAGUCCACGGCGGGCUCUCUCGCUCAGCUCGACGCGCGCCGACCUUACCGGGCCGUCGCACACCACCUCGGACUUCGCGGGCUUUCUUUUUCUCCCCCGUGCUAUCUACUCCCCGCGUAGCUCAGUUCAGGCCAGCCAACAGUACAGUAAGCGUAACGCAGUUUUACCAACGCUUUUCAGAGAGUCAAUCCCGUCGCCUCACUCGGAGGCGCCACCAUCUGAGGCAAGACAACUACCCACAGAGAUACAGAGAGGAUAUAAAUAUAUUAUAUAUGUAUACUUGACCCCCGAACACAUAGAUAAGCAGGGAGACACACACACACAUAUACCCCACAUACGACACACAGCUGAAAACAGCCGGUUAUCUCUCUUUCUUUCCCAUUUCGUGUACAUAAAAGUGCUUACAAACUUCGUGUAUAUAAUCACAAACAUUACUGUGUUAGGCCUAGUGCUCCUUUUUAUAAGUGCAUGACAAAGUGCAUGGGCGAAUUCUCUCUAGGCAUGAAGGCCACACGGGGCGCAAGAGACAUCCGAUGUACAUAGAGACUCUCUUAAACUACACACCGGUGUGCAUGGGACGCACUUCUUAGUACAUCCUUUUCUCCCUUCCCGUUGUGUCCUUGCGUCUUCCAGCGAGCGUGAUCCCAACUUUCCAACGCCAGGCGGCGCUGUACCCUGGCUUCUUUCCCCGACCGGCCACGCAUCCAGAUGGCGCACUCCUCACGUCCAGCGUCACGCUGUCGGGAGGCCCGCCUCUAUCCCCCAGGCCGGCGCUACUUCCUUCUUAGGUCUUUAAUACAGUCUUUCUUUUCGUUCUCUUAUCUGAAACGUCGAUACUCCCAUUUAGCAUGGCCGACUGCGGCCCCAGUAAACACUUAGCUGUCCUUGUCUUGUGCCGACUGGUGUGCUUGCGAAGUUUUAACCGCCCUUGUAGGAAGUAAGCAAGUGACUUUACUCGCUGACGUGGGGUCGUCAUGUAAGAUAAUCUUAAAGCCAGCGGGCUUCCCGCCUCCUCCGCUCGCAGCUUUCUGUCUCGUGUGUGUGCUCGUGCCGCCGAACCUUCCCCUAAUCCGCGCCUCGUCUCCCCGUCGGUAGCACCCGUCCCAAUCUCUCUCUCUCUCUCACACACACGCUCUCUCUCUAACUCACGUGCACUUAGAGAACCCCUUUCUUCCCGAAUAUCGUGACCGUGAGUGGCUCUCUCCCCAGCCGCUCUCCACGACAGAAGUAUUUGCUCAGAUUUGUGCCCCGUCGUUAGUCGCACCGACUGCUUCGCUGGUUCCAUCAUGUAUUCUGACUCGUACAAACGGAAGAGGAGAAGAAGAUCAAGAGAAGAAAAACAAUGAUGGAGGGAGAGAACCGAGAUGUUGAAGAGAGAGCACAAUUUACCGCGCAGUUCUGCACGUGCGUAAUCGAGUAGAUAAAAGCUCGUCCUCCUGUUAGCGCUUUGUAACCAUGGUGGCGCAGCAGCAGCAGCGUCCCACAUAGGGAAAAACUUAGCCGUGUCACGUCCUUGACGACGAACUGUUCACCCAGCAACACCCCCAUGACGAGUGUGUGUCUUUCAUUGGGGUGGCACCACUGUUUUGCGUUUGUUUUUCUGUUCCUUCUUGUAUAGCGUUACGCUCACUUCCGCCGUAGGAAGCCGAGCCGCCCGCCGGGGGAAAAAACAUGUUACUCGACAAGACUGUUGUGCAGCCAAAGCCGUUUCCUGUUCCGUGGUGAAUUGUUACGCGCAAUGUGUCACGUUCUUUUCGUUUGUGUUCUCCUCUUUCAGUGGCUGUUCUGUCUUUCUCUGUUACUAAGCGUGCCGUGGUGGGACAAUUUCCCCGUUUGUCUGAGAGCGUUUCUUCAGUGUUACGAUGGCGUGACUGUUGGCCGAAUACCAUGUACGUAGGUUUUGCCGAGUAGACAAACGUGUUUCUUGGGUGCUUCCCGGUGUAUUACAGGUUUUCGGAUGUGGGACGCGGGUGGGUGUUAUGUCGGCACACUUUUGUUUGUUGUUUCAUUUACAGAUGCUGUCAUCUGGGUGUAUUUGCUGCUCUUGUUGACACACCGAGUCUGUUUUUUCUUUUCUUUUUUCCUUUUUUUCAAUUCAACAGCUCGUCACGUUCGUUACCGAAGUGGCUCACUCACUUGGUCUUGUUUUCGUCAUCCCCACUUUGAACUUAGAAAAACACAAACCACUCAUAGAAAUGGUGCUGCAUUUCUCAAACCUGUAGUUAACUCAGAACAGCGGGAAAUGAAAUUAUCUCCCCGCAUACGCUGUUAAAUCAGUGCUCAGGCUAUGUAUCGCUUUGUCAACGAUAUGAUUGCGCUAGUUCGUUAAUUUUUUGUCGUAGCCUCCCUUUAGAUAGCGGUUGGUGAACAGUUUUUGACGGCAAUAACGCGUUUGUUUAAUUUAAAGUAUACAUGAAACGUUUCGGGGUGUUUCAUUCGGCGUUCCCUUGCACCUAAUGUUCACCUUAUCAAUAAACUAUCGCGUCGUUUCUCACUGUUUAAAACUAUGCUUCCACACAGAGCACUGGCCGCCGUUUCAUUUUUUCUAAAUACGUUCCACGUCUGUGUCGCGUCGAGACACUCGAACCCGUUCCUUUCUGUAGUUAUGAUCUCCACACGCACUUCAGUGACUCUUAUCUCUCUACUCCUCUGGCUUUAGAGUAACUCUCUGCGAACAUCGGUUAUUGAAACCGAUGUUCGACUUUCAACGACCAUUAAAAAAAAAAAGAGAGAGAAACAAAUAUACCUUAGUCUCUUUAGCACUGUUACCCACAGCACAAGAUAAUGUGUCGGUGCUUGAUUAGCGUGUUUUCGUGCGCGUCAAUUAUUCACGCUUCUACUCUUUAGGAGAACGAGACGUCAGUGCAGGCAUUUAAAGGCUACGUUUCCUCCAGUUGUUGCCAAUCGAACAAAGAAAAAAAUAAUAAGUACCAUGCCGUGUCAGCAGUGAACGUUCGUUGAUCGCCUGUUUUCGGCUGGUUCAGUGUUGAAACGCUUGUGUUCCACUGCAGGCCUGAAAAAAAAAAAGACUGCGGCGCACUCAAGCUGCUUCGCUAACGUAGGUGUCUAGAGAAAUGCAUAUAGCAAGAACUUUCUUUGUUAAUGCGUAUUUUAAGAGCUAACUAGGGCAUUGUGUUUCUGGAGCCAGUUGUUGAGGGCAGUAUGAAUAGACAGUGGUUGGCAUUGUGGACUUGCAAAACGCAAACGUCGCGUAGGAUUUUCUUUUUGCAGGCCUGCAGUCACGUAGCUCCAGCCUGAAGGAAUAUGCGAAUAAAGUCGACUUUGAGAAACUAAUAAGCAUCGUUCAUUGACAUGUUAGACUGUUCAUUUCAUCCAAAUGUUUAGCAGGUUACAGGAAUAGCACUGUUUGGACUUGCAUCUCCUUCUUCUUACACUUAAUUUUAUCUUGUUCUUGUGUUUAUGGGCUCAAGCAUUGUGAUGAGUUUAUGUUCUGUUCGGACGCACUACAUAGCCCAGGUAUUUUGGUGUUCAUUCUUCAGAUAUACAUGAAGUUGCCGCACUAUACCUACUUAGGGAUGAAAAAAAAUAACCUAUCUUUAUUGCGGCUCUUCACUGGACUUCUUUGUCUCGCGUACAAUGGCUCAAGUUUCUUACUACUUAGGGAAAUACACCUUUGUUCGACUAAGCUGUUUUAGGCGAAUAUGUUUGAUACGAGAGUGCUGAAAUAAAACGCUGAUUACACAACCGA